CUUUUUCAGAGGGAGCUAGCAAAAGCCGUAUGGUUGGCCAACGCACACAGGCCACAGCCAGUGCAGGAGACAGCAGACAGUCUCGUUUCGUUUCUCUAUAGACUUGGAAGUUGAGAUGACAGAGUUUUUUUAGGUCUCUGCUUUGGUUUUCCCUAUAACACCAUCACAUCGCAGAAAACGAAGAAAAGAGAAAGAGAGGAUGCCACAGCGAAAAAGGCUAAAAACUUCCUAUGCUAAAUCUGAUCUGUUCGAUGAAUUACCAGACGAUAUUGUCGUUUCCAUUCUUUGCAAGCUCAGCUCCUCCGCUUCUUGCCCUUCAGAUUUCAUCAACAUUCUCAUAACAUGCAAACGAUUGAAUCGGUUAGCUGCUCAUCCUCUAGUUAUAUCCAAAGCCGGGCCUAAGACGUUUGCGAUCAAAGCCAAAAACUGGUCAGAUUCUGCUCACCGGUUUCUCAAACAGUGUCUUAACGCCGGCAACACCGAAGCCUCCUAUACUCUAGGAAUGAUCCGAUUUUAUUGCUUGCAAAACCGAGUAAGUGGAGCGUCAUUGAUGGCAAAGGCCGCCAUCAAAUCUCACGCGCCGGCUCUCUAUUCUCUUGCUGUUAUGCAGUUCAACGGAAGCGGUGGCUCUAAAAACGACAAAGAUCUCCGGGCCGGUGUCGCUUUAUGUGCUCGAGCCGCCGUCUUGGGUCAUAUCGAUGCGCUUCGGGAGCUAGGCCAUUGUCUCCAAGACGGUUACGGCGUAGCCCAAAAUAUUACUGAGGGACGCCGUCUCCUAAUCCAGGCCAACGCGAGGGAGCUGGAGUCAACUUUACGUUCCAUGCUGAAGUGGCAACCGCAGCGCCAACAGCUGCACCUGCAGGAGCACCGACAGCCGCAGCCUCUCCAAUAUACUUCCUGUGUGAUCAUGGGAAGCAUGGGCUGUCCAUUGCUAAGCGACUUUGGGUGUAAUGUGCCGGCGCGGGAGGGGCAUCCGGCGAACCAGUUUUUGAGAGAGUGGUUUGAGUCGGGACGCGGGGUUCUUGGGCCAAACUUGAGGUUAUGCUCUCACAGUGGAUGCGGGCGGCCGGAGACAAGGCCGCACGAGUUCCGGCGGUGUUCUGUUUGUGGCAAAGUUAAUUAUUGCUCGCGGGGAUGUCAAGCACUUGAUUGGAGGUUAAGGCACAAAACGGAAUGUAUACCAAUGGAGCAGUGGCAUGGCGUAGACGGCGGUGAUAACGAGAUUGGUGGAAUGAUAGAGAUUGAAGAUGGUGAUAAUGUGGGUAUUCUUCAGUGAUAGAGAUUAAAAUUAAAUUUUUGCCGCUUGAUUUGGAAAAUUUUUUUAUGGUAAGGAUAUUUUAUUUUGUUUAAUUUUAUUAUUUAUAUGCUUUUUUAAUAUAUUUUUAAUGUACAUAUCGGAAGGGGUUAUGUAGCAAUUUUGUACCUAUAUUAUGGUAGGGGAAAAUCAUAGAAAACGCCUUUGCCGUUAUAUAUAUAUAUAAUUAAUUUGCUCUA